AUGACGGCCUUGCACUGGGCUGCUUAUAAUGGGCACACCGAGAUUGUUGACAUUCUUAGCCAGAAGAAAGGGUUGCUGGCCAGAACUAACAUUGCGGGACGAACAGCCUUACAUCUGGCUGCAAUGAAGUCACAGUUCGCGGUGGUGGAGCUGCUUCUUCGGAAGAGUAUGCCAUUAGAAAACCGCUGCCUCUCGGGUCUCACGCCGCUUCACUAUGCGUGCAUGGCUGAUAAUUGUGAGGUUACGAAGCUUCUGCUUAUCUCGGGCGCCAAUAUCGAGGCCCAAGCUGACUCGGAUCAACGUCGACCGGUCCACCUUGCAGCUGUCCGUGGGUCGAUGGCACUUCUUAAUUUACUCUGUGACAAAGGAGCUUCUCUGGAUGCCCGUGACACCGCGGGAGAUCGAGCGCUCUGCGUAG